AUGGUCGGAGUCCCCGGCCGAUCGAAAGGGUGCAAUACGUGUAUCCAACGCAAAGUCAAGUGCGAUCAAGGGAAACCCACAUGCGGCAAUUGCGCCAAGGCCAAGCGCAUCUGUGGCGGCUACCAACGCAAGACAGGAUGGGUCUUCUCAUCUGAUGUCGAGCUGCCAGUGCGAGAGGCGAAUGCUCUGACAGCAAACGCGAACUCUGUGAUCUGCCACGGAAGGUGGACGAACAAGCAGAGCAAACAAUCAAAAAGCAGACAUGGACAGAGACAAUCCUCUAGUCUGUCGCCGAAAGAAGAGGAACUAGGCACGGGUAUGAGCCACUACACCUUUGUCAUCGACGAUUCUGCAACGCCAUCGCCACUAUCUUCACCCUCACCAAUACAAGCCAUAUCCAACUUGUCGGCUCAGUGGGAGCAGCUCCGCAAUGCCUUUAUUGGCAUGUAUUUACCAGAUACACUUUUCAUCAGUAGUCGGCGUGUCGACGGUGUGACUGGAAAUUGGUUAACAGAGCUAAAGGGCGAGUCUAUUGCCUCCAAAGCUCUGGAAACUGCUGUGGCUGCCUGUGCUAGUGUGCAGGUAGGACAGGACAAAGGCGAUAUGAUGCUAAUCAGCCAGGGACGGGAAAUAUACCAGGCUAGCUUGCAGCAUAUGCGGGCAGCGCUCGCAAAUUCAGAGUUGAGAUCCACCGACGCUACUCUGGCCGCAUGCAUGGCCCUUUCCUUGUAUGAGCUUUUUGCAAACCGAAUGGGCGAUGAUUGUAUGUACGAGGCACACGCUAAAGGUGCAAUGGCUCUGCUGCAAAUGCGAGGGCCAGAUAGCCUUCAAUCGCCGCUUGCACACAGUAUUUUUCUUGGGCUACGACGGCAAAUCGUUCUUAACUGCCUUGUUAAACACGAGGUAAUGUUUAUAAAUAAGGGCGCGUGGACGGCAAAACCAUGGGGCAAAUACAAGAAGAAUUCUGUUGACAGAUGCUUGGAUGCCUUGUAUAUGUUGCCGCCGAUACAAAUAAUGCUUGACGAUGCAAGGCGCGAAACCGAACCAACCAAGAUCCGUCAACUCUGCUUGGAAGUAGUCAGCAACUGCUGGAAAGUUGAUGCUUUUUUACAGCAAUGGUACGAGGAAGUCGAGAAGGCCCACGUCGGUCCAAUGUACUGGCCCGUCUUCUCAUCAACUAGGGGAGACCAUGGAAAACCAAACAUAUUCUCAACAGUGUUUGAGUUUUCGCAUUUCAGCAUAUCCUAUCAGCUCACGACGUAUUGGUCAGGAUUAUACGUGACGCAUGAAGUCCUUAAGAAGGCAAACGAGAUUCUCGCUGGGUUAGAUCCUUUCCAGGCUGACGAAUUCAAUGCUGCCGUUAAACGGAGCGAAGAAACUUGGAUGCGACACAGUCGAUACGUCUGCCAGAGUCAUGAAUUCUUCAUGAAGCGAGAGAACGGCAGGGCAGGCUUAUUGGUUGGAUUGGCCAUGCUCAAAGGGUGCUAUUAUAACUUUAUGGACUAUCCCGAAUUAUGUGCUGAGGAGUUGGCAUGGGUUCGAUUCCGUAUAGAGGAAAACAAUCGGCGACUAAGCAUGCCGCUGUAG